CUCCUCCCACUCACCCUACAGCCACACUUUCUCCUUUUUUAUCUCUGUGCCCAGUUUUGGAACCAGCCCUCCUUAGAUGCCCCGGCCAAUCAAGAGACCACACAUUGUUGCCUAAGAGACCCCGGAUGCCAGCGACAGGAUUUAUAGGUGGUGAUUGGACUGCUGGAAGCGGUGAGGUGGGGGCUGGAAGGAGUCAGUCCUAGUGCAACGAUGGCAACCCCAGAGCCAGAGGCUUGAAGGAGGAGGCCAGCUACUGAGGUGUAAUCUUUCUGAUGGAAGAAUACCAGGUCAUUUCAUGAUGGCAUUUGCACCUCCAAAAAGCUCUGAUGGUUCCAAAAUGCAGACAAAGAUGAGCACCUGGACACCCCUAAACCAUCAGCUGCUGAACGACCAGGUGUUUGAAGAACGAAGAGCUCUGCUUGGAAAAUGGUUCGACAAAUGGACAGACUCUCAAAGGAGACGAAUUCUUACAGGCCUGCUAGAGCGCUGCUCCCUGUCCCAGCAGAAGUUCUGUUGUCGAAAGCUGCAGGAGAAAAUUCCAGCAGAGGCCCUGGAUUUUACUACCAAGCUCCCCCGGGUGUUAUCUGUCUAUAUCUUUUCCUUCUUGGACCCCCGGAGCCUUUGUCGCUGUGCACAGGUGAGCUGGUACUGGAAGAGCCUGGCCGAGUUGGACCAGCUAUGGAUGCUCAAGUGUCUGCGUUUUAACUGGUACAUCAGCUUCUCCCCGACGCCAUUUGAGCAGGGCGUCUGGAAAAAGCACUACAUUCAAAUGGUGAGAGAGCUUCACAUCAGCAAACCCAAGACACCUCCAAAGGAUGGGUUCAUCAUUGCCGAUGUUCAGCCCAUUUCCGGCAGUUCUCUAGAGGAAAAGCCAUCGCCUUCAUUAGCUUUGCGGUCCUCCUCCGCCUUAAGAAAGAAGACUAACCCAGGGGAGAAAGAGCUUCCACCGUGGCGCUCAUCGGAUAAGCAUCCCACUGACAUCAUCCGCUUUAAUUAUCUAGACAACUGUGACCCUGAGCACUUCUGGAAAGGAAGAAGAAAAAGAAACGAGGUGACCCCAGACUUCAAGCGGCAGUUGAGAGAGAAGAGAAACAGGCUUGAGGAGAGAGCCAGGCUCAGGAAAACACAGUCACUGAUGUCCCUGAGUUCCCAUCCAAAAGUUCCAGUUCGUCUCGCCUGGCCUCUUCAUCUGCCAGCGGGACCCUCAGAUCCUGAAGCAGCAGCUAUGAUUCUCGUGGAGCACUUUCCGAAACACCCCAGGCUUCAGUCAUCCCCCUCUGAGGCGCCAGAGUUGAAGCUGACUUAAGGAUGGAAAAGGACUUUUCUAGGAAUGACAAGGUAUUCUUCACAGAUGAGAGGAGGAUUCUAACUUGUCCCUCCAUUAAACUCCUUUGGUUUAAGUGUCUUGUUGUGAAUGGUCCUGUGGGUCUACUGUAUCUCAAGAAGAAAGAAUGAGUGGCAAAAUAGUAGCAAGUGCCAAUAGAUAGGUUGGGUUUGAUGAGGGGAUGUCAGAUGGCCUCAUGGGUAAUACUGGGCAAGUCAGGGUCCCAGAAGGAAAUGACACCCCCAAGCCUCCUUGAGUCGUUGGUAAAGGAGAUGCUUAGAAUGUUGGGGUGUAGCACAGACCGAGAGGUUUCGACAACAGAAAUGUGUUUGCUCACAGUCUGAACACCGGAAGUCUGAGAUGAUAUGUCAGCAGGUAACGCCAAGGUCUCCUCUCUCCACUGGCCAUCCUCUCCCUGUCUUUACGUGACCCUCUUCUUCUAGGUCCUGUUGGACCAUUCCAAUGGCUCACUUAACCCCAUUCAUCUCUGUCUCCAAACGCAGGCUCAUUCUAGACACUGGGAGUUGGGAGUUCAGCAUGUGGAUCUGUAGGGGGCGUGGUUCAACCAGUAACCCAUGCUGUGGUCAGGAUUAGGAGAUAGGAUGCUAUUGAGGGGCAGCAGUGAAAGAGACCAAGGGAGAAGGGAGAGUGGAAGUCUUGGAAUCCAGCUUCUGCUGUGGCCUUGGAAGAGAGGCUGGCAGACACGGAGUGUUCGAGGUGGCAGAGGAAUGCAGGGAGGGAGGCGGCCGAUAGCCAACUCUUCUCUCUUAACACCCUUCCACACUCCCGGCAAACCCCAUCUGGAAGUGGAGGCAAAGAUCCUUGUGGUUCAGCCCUUAGCUGCCAGCCUCCUGAGGCAAGAGAAGAGAGCUGGCAAGGCUGAGCAGUAAGUCUGGGUAGGUCAAUGGAAAAUAGCCAGUAUCAUGGAGGAACAGAAUACAGGUCUGGGACCCGUGAGAUCUCAGCAGGUUGAAAGCAUUUCUUGUCCAAGCCUCAUGACCUAAGUUCAGUCCUUGGAACCCACGGUAGAAGGGAGAAAACUGACUCCUAAAAAGUGUCCUCUGGCCUCCACACACAUCAGCCCCACCCCCCCCCCCACCACCCCACCAAUAGAAUACAUGUCUGGAGAAGUUACAAUUGGCAUUUAAGCAAUUGAAAAGAGCUUGGGAGUAACUGGAAAAUGAAACAAAGUUGCCUGGUCACAAAGACUUGAGUGUACUGUAACAGGUCCCCAGACCUUAUCACAGCUGAUACCAUGUUAAAGGCAUCAAUCCAACCUUAGAACCCAGUGCAUAGGCCCCAAUGCCUGCCACCAUGGAAACAGAGACCUAACCCAUCAAAGACCUAGUCCAUAGUUCCAGGAAAGUCCUCAAAUGUGCUGACCUUGAUUUUUGGCUUCUGUAGUUCUGCUUCUCGCCAACUGAAGUGUGACAACCAGGAUGUGGUUUUUUUCAUGAAAGACAAAGAAAGGGCUGUUAAAGCUCAGGGCUGCAUGAUUUGGGCAAGUUCCCUAUGCAGCCACCAGCCAGCAAUAAUGACUUUCUUUUUUAGUGUCCACCGUGUGAUCAUCUCUGGUGAACUUACCUCGCAACACUACCUUCUACACUAAAACCCAUGUCCCCAUCUCAGUGUUCCGGAAAUUGCUGUUCUGUGAUGCAAAGUUACCUAAGUAAAACAGAAAAUGGAAAA